CGCUCGAUAUAAAUGCGUCCAAAGGUCCUUCUGGCCUCCAAGUUAUCAGCUAGACUUUUCUCUCUUGAAUUCUGUAACAUUCUUUUCUUGGCUUCGGGACCUGCAACUUUAUCUGAUAUACUUCUAGUAUCCCUCGAACCUUUCAGCAAUGAAGAAAGUGGUUUUGAAAGUGGAACUGCAUGAUGACAAAGGAAAGCAAAAGGCCAUGAUGAAAGUAUCGGGCCUUUCAGGCGUUGAUUCCAUCACCUCGGACUUGGAGGACAAGAAAUUGACGGUGAUCGGGGACAUCGAUCCGGUUGAUAUAGUGAGCAAGUUGAGGAAGCUCUGCCCCACAGAGAUACUCUCUGUUGGACCAGCAAAAGAGCCUGAGAAGAAGAAGGAUGAGCCCAAGAAGGCAGAUGAAAAAAAGAAGGAUGAUAUGGCUGAGCUUUUGAAAGCGUACCAAGCCUAUAACUAUAAUCCUUACAUGGCCACACAUUAUUAUGCAGAGGAGGAUCCUAACAGUUGCGUGAUCUGUUAAUUCUUAUAUCUUAGAAGAAUUAUACGAACGUCCAAAAGGCUGGUGUUCAAGCAUACAGGUCUCUACUGUACAGUAGUAGGUGGUAGUGAGUUGAUUGAUCUUUAUGUUUCGUUGGUGUUGCACGCUUGGGAUGUUACGUACAUCGUUUUGGUUGGUGGGUUUUAAACUUUUACAUCAAUGGAAGAGUUUUUAGUACUUUCAAGUUGUGUAGAACUUACGAUCAGCUUAAUAGCGCCUUGGUUAAUGGUUUAGGUAAUAAUGAUAAAUACAGAGUUAUUGUAAGUAUCGUACAUUUUUUUUU